UCUUCUCGGGAGAGCAAGAUUUCUAUCAGCGCGCGGGCAACGUGACCGGAAAUGUGUCGCGUUCUCCAGCGCGUUUGGCGAAAAUCACGAGGACGUCUAAUUGAUAAUUAGCGCGAUAACGAGGUGAACUGGCAAAUAGCUGCUUCUGCAGGUGGCCGUUUCGUCGGCUCUAUUCUACUUUAUAUUAUUAUUAUCACAAUCGUUAUUCUUUCACAAUUAUUUCAGCUGAAGCACACGCGCCACGAGAACCGCGUGGCUCAUAAUUAACAUGCUUAUUAAUGCGCAUUGCGUUUUCUUGUUUGCACCGUGCGUUGACGUAAUUAUUGACAAUGUUGAAAAAUCUUAAUUAACCGCCUGUCGAAGAAGAUUAAUGAACCGUGCAACAGGCGUGUUUGUGUUUGAAGACGUGCACAAUCGUAUACGUAACGCUUGAGAAUGGCGUCAUAUGCCUAUAUUUCAUCGGCGGUUAACGAUUUGUUUUUUUGUUUUUUUAGAAAUUUCUUCGCUCUUCUCAUUUUGCGUUAAAACUCGUAGAAACUCGAAAUUUUAUCGAGCGAUACUUUGCUUAAUUUAAAAAUUUCAUACGGCAAAGGUAAGGAAUAAUUUGCCGGCUCUCGAUUUGAGUGUGCGACGGAAGUAUUUCUUUUUUCUAAUGAUCUCCGAAAAUCAUCUCUAAUUGAACAUGUUACGCAACGUAUAAUUAACUUUAAAAACUCUAAUUUUUUGACAUUUUCUUCAGAAAAAUUCUACAACCAAAGCAACAAUUCAUUAUUUCAGAACGUCCAAACUAUAUCAUUUUUCUUUAAAAGAAAUUUAUGUUGUCAAAAAAUUGGACGUUCCAAGGAUCUUGUGAUAAAAACAUUUCCGUAGAUAUUUUAUGGACAUACAAGAGAUUACCAGUAUGUCCGAUUUUUUAGUUUGUUAAAAUUUAAUUUUUGUAAAUAUUUUAUUAAACAAUUUGUUUUAUAUAUAUUAAAGAUAAAAGAUCUAUUUCUAAUGUGAAAAUAUUCGAUAAAACACGGUCAGAUACAUAUUAAUUAAAAAUGGUAACUAAAUUAUAUGCUAAAUGAUACAAAAGAAAUAAAAUAAAUCUGACACUUGCGUAUGAAAAAUAACUAUAGGAUUGUAUAUAAUUUUUUUAUCUCAUUCUACACUUUAAGCAGAAAUGCUACGGGGUCUCAACCUGCCCCAUCUAUCGCGCGGACACUUCCCGUGUCGUCUUUCGCAGGAAUUUUAUCUUCGGACUUCCCGGGUAGAGAGCUAUUAUCUCCUCAUUUUUCGCGCGCGUACGUAACUGAUACUGAGCCAGUGUACGCUACUAGGACGUCGGAUGUUAAUCCGAAUACCUGGACUCCGGACUGAUUCGAGCGAGCAUUUCUGCCGCGCGUAUAUACAAUGAGCAGGCUCAUUCGCGCGUUUGAGUUUCUCCUCUCUCUCUCUCUCUCUCUCUCUCUCGUCGCCGUAUCGCCGUUCGUGGCACAAUUGUAUUGUGUUGGCCCGGUCUCGUUCCACACGCCAUACGUUGAUCCGUCCGACCCAACCAACGACGGCGAAGUUGUAAAAUUCCGCGCGAUAGUGCGAGACGUCCGCGCCCGCCGGUCGCGCGGUAUACUCAUUGUGUCCGCUCGAAUCCAUUUGUGAGAUCGUUGCGUAAUUUUUUUUUUCAUUUUUUUUGUUGUUUUUUUUUCCACAACGGUACACGUAACAUUUAUCAUUUCGCUAGUGCCCGCACGCGUGCUCCCGUACGCGACGCCGGCGAGCGUUAUCCAGCAGUGAUUAAAUUGCUGUGAAGAUGGGGGCGAUGUUCAGGAGCGAGGAAAUGGCUCUUUGCCAGCUGUUCAUUCAGCCGGAGGCGGCUUAUCUUUCUGUAUCCGAACUUGGAGAAACCGGUACGGUGCAAUUUCGUGAUCUGAACGGCGACUUGAAUUAUUUUCAACGGAAGUUCGUGAAUGAGGUCCGACGAUGCGACGAACUGGAGCGCAAGCUUCGAUAUAUCGAGGCGGAAGUCAAGAAAGACGAUGUCCCGAUCCCGGAUAAUCUUACGGAACUACCACGGGCACCCAACCCGCGUGCAAUUAUCGAUCUCGAGGCACAUCUCGAGAAAACAGAGAACGACAUACAAGAGCUGAGCCAGAACGCGGUGAACCUGAAGAGCAACUAUCUCGAGCUGACGGAAUUACAGCACGUGCUCGAGAAGACGCAAGCGUUCUUCACGGAGGAAGAGGCCAAUGACUCGAUCACCAAGGCGCUUAUUAACGAGGAAGCACCGAAUCCCGUCGUUACGACUCGCGGACGUCUGGAAUUCGUUGGUGGGGUUAUUAAUCGCGAACGGGUGCCAGCCUUUGAGAGAAUGCUUUGGCGUAUAUCACGUGGAAACGUUUUUCUUCGGCAAACUGAACUUGAAAAACCAUUGGAAGAUCCGGCUACGGGCAACGAAAUCUACAAAACGGCCUUUGUGGCUUUUUUUCAAGGGGAACAAUUGAAGAGCCGUAUUAAAAAAGUUUGCACUGGCUUCCACGCCUCGCUGUAUCCGUGCCCGACCAGUCAUGCGGAACGUCAGGAAAUGCUGAAAGGUGUGCGGACACGGCUAGAGGACCUUAAAUUGGUACUAAAUCAAACGCAAGAUCAUCGCCAACGUGUUCUGCAUAACGUAGCGAAAGAAUUACCAAAUUGGAGUAUCAUGGUGCGAAAAAUGAAAGCUAUUUAUCACACAAUGAAUCUAUUUAAUAUGGAUGUGUCGAAAAAGUGUCUUAUCGGAGAAUGCUGGCUGCCUAUGGCUGAUCUCGCGACCGUGCAAAAUUGCCUCACGGAAGGAUCGCGACAAUGUGGAAGCUCUAUACCGUCUUUCCUUAACGUAAUCCACACGGAUGAAAAUCCUCCGACAUUUAAUAGAACGAAUAAAUUUACGAGAGGCUUUCAAAAUCUAAUCGAUGCGUAUGGUGUGGCGUCGUAUCGCGAAGCUAACCCGGCACUUUACACUAUUAUCACGUUUCCCUUUCUGUUCGCCGUUAUGUUUGGCGACGCUGGACAUGGACUGAUACUGACGCUUUUCGGUUUGGCCAUGGUACUAAUGGAGAAAAAGAUUAACGCGCAAAAAUCAAACAACGAAAUCGGAAAUCUGUUUUUCGGUGGUCGCUACAUCAUCCUUCUCAUGGGUUUGUUUUCCAUCUACAGUGGUUUUAUCUACAACGACAUAUUCGCAAAGUCAGUUAACAUAUUCGGAUCUAGUUGGACGAUUAGGUAUUCGUACAACAUUAUAAAAUUAAAUAGAACGCUAGACUUAUCGCCAAACUCGAACGAGAGCUACCUGCAAUAUCCCUAUCCUCUGGGUAUAGACCCGGUCUGGGCUCUCGCACAGAACAAAAUUGUAUUUCACAAUUCGUUCAAGAUGAAAGUGUCGAUUAUUCUUGGCGUCGCGCACAUGAUCUUCGGCGUCUGUAUGAACGUCGUCAAUAUGGUGUAUUUUAAGAAAUAUGCCAGCUUGUUCCUUGAAUUUCUGCCACAAUUACUUUUUCUUGUUUGGCUAUUUUUCUACAUGACUGUUCUGAUGUUUAUCAAAUGGAUUUUGUAUCAGGCUUCGGCUGAAGACGACGGACGAAAGCCGGGUUGUGCACCGUCGGUGCUAAUUACAUUCAUUAACAUGAUGCUUUUCAAACAUGCGCCUGUGCCCGACGACUGUUCCGAAUACAUGUUCGAGGGACAGGAUAUUUUGCAGAAAGUUUUGCUUUUUGCUGCCCUUUUGUGCAUUCCAGUAAUGCUCUUCGGGAAACCAGUAUAUGUUGUACUUUCAAAGAGAAAACAUCCAGGAAAGCCUUACGUAAGUAAUUUCAUAAUUGCGAAUACAAAUGAAACGCUGGGUAACGUUGCAUGUGCAUUGUUUAUUCAGAGCAACGGGAGUGCAUCCCAGGAUAUCGAGUUGCAGAACCAAGAUCUGCCGAACGCGGGGACCAGCAAGGAUACCACGGAUGAUCACGAUGACAACAGCUUCAGUGAGCUGAUGAUCCAUCAAAUCAUUCACACCAUAGAAUACGUUUUGUCUACCGUCUCGCACACCGCGUCCUAUUUGCGACUGUGGGCCUUGUCGUUAGCCCACUCUCAGCUGUCAGAAGUGCUCUGGAAUAGAGUGCUGCGGAUAGGUUUAGGCGCCGACGAGGAUGAGUACGUCAACAGCAUUAUCCUGUUCGCCGUGUUCGGUGUCUGGGCCUUUUUCACCGUCGUCAUUCUUGUCUUGAUGGAGGGCCUCUCAGCGUUUCUUCAUACACUUCGACUUCAUUGGGUCGAGUUUAUGAGUAAAUUCUACGAAGGCUUAGGACAUCCCUUCCAACCAUUUUAUUUCAAGAGUAUCUUAGAUGCCGAGGAUAGCGAAGAAUAGAUGCCGCCACUAGUCUUCAUAGCAAUAAUAGAUAUAUAGCCACUGAAUAUUAUGCGCGAGAAUUUCUUUAUUUUAAGAAAUUCUCUUUAUUUUAAAUAUUUGCAUGUAUACGCGAGAUCUUGUCUUAUUUAGGAAAGUACAAGAAGAACCAAAUUGCCAUGGAUUGUUUUAAAUGAGUCUGACAAUGUCCUUCUUCAAUGAUUGAUUGUAAUCAUCGAUCACGUACAUUGGCCGAAUAAGUAUGCGCACGAUACUUGUAACUAUAAAUUUAAAAAAAGGAUACAUUUUUUCAAUAUUUUUAAAAUACAUAUAAAUAACAAUGCUGAUCAACAAAUCGGCGCACAUUAGAAAAGUUGAUUUUAGAUAUUUAUUUUCAAAUUUUUACAUUAUUUAAUUCCGCCGAAUUUGAAUAAAUUAUGAAAAAAAUCAUUCAUGAAGCUUUCCCAGUUUUAAAUUUUUGUCUACUGUCACUAGUAAAUUCUUACUAAUUUUUAUGUGCUUGUAUACAGGUUUUUAAAUUAAUUUUUUAAAAUCAUUUACAGUUCAACAUUUUAAUAUGCACUUUAAGAAGAGGAAGUACAACAUCGUCGGCACUUGAUAAAACGAAUUCAAUUGAUACAUUAAUUAUUUUAUUUUAAAAUAAGAUUUGUGAUUAGAGAUAACUCUAUUUUAUUAAAUAGCCAUGCUCGCGGGGUUAUUUCAGUGCGCGUUUACUUGGCGCGAGCCACUACCGUGUCUCUCGAUGGAAGCGGAAAAAGAGUAUAAAAGAUGUAUGUGAUGCAACUGUGCUGCCGAGUACGCAUUAUAUUCAUUCCAUUAAUUACCUAAUAACGUGGACAUGCCAUAGUCGAUGUAGCUCGUCAUUAAGCACGUCGCUCGCUGUAAUAUACGUAUUUCAUAAUGUCGCGCUUACAGUCGUUCUCCGCACAGAAAAGCGGUGACUGGAUCCGUAAUUACGACGCUGCGAUGAAGAAGUUAAAAAAUGAAGAAACUAUAAUGAUUCGAAUCGCGUGUACCGUGCAUUGUAUGGUUCAUCGAGGCUUGAUGAAUUCAAACGAGCGGAGAAUGUACAUUCUUGUAUUACUAAAGUACAAAUCUUCCCGAGUGAUUGGUAACCAAAGGGGUAUUCAAACAUGCGCAAAGUUACCACUACGUCUGUAUACACCAUUAGAUAAUAUUGCAACGACAUCGAAAAGAAGCGAUGUUACACAUUUUUAUGUGCAA